AUGCCCGAAGGAGCAAAUACUUUUAACUUAUAUGAUAUUAUUGAUCAAACGCCACCGACUGGACUUACAGACGAUAUUGAUAAAGAGAGUAAUGGUGAAAACGACCAACAUACGGCACCUAGUACAUUUGCCUUUAAUGCCUCCACGUUCGAUACUAUGUUAGAAGUGCUACCUGACGAUGUGGGUCUUAACAUUCCAGCUUUCUCUGGUGCGGAAUCUGUCCCAGAUUCUGAUGGCAAACGUCAAACUUCAAAAGAUAUUAAUGAUGAUGAUAUUCAAGGGAUAACAAAUUCCAAUCUUGGCAUGGAAGGCUUAGAUGAUACUAAUUUACAAUCACAUAUGGAUCUAAUGCCACCAACUCGACCUAUCGAUAUUGCAUCUAAUCAGUUAAGUGGUGAAAUUGCUCCUCUAUGGGAUUUCAAGAUGGAAGAUUUUAUGAUGACACCAGCUCCAGGCGACUUCAACUCAAGUGCACCAAACAGUUUUAAUUCUAAUAGGCAUUUCCUUCAAUCGGAGUCUGCUCCUACCGGUCAACAUGGAUCAUUCAAUGGUUUUGGUAGUACGGGAUUCAAUCUUACCCAAACAUUGGGAAUGGGGAUGCCACAGCACCAUUUUAAUUAUAAUCAAUCUACUUCGUCUUCUCCCAAGACUGGAACUAAUCAUUUUAACAAUAGUAAUACCAAUGGCAAUAAUAAUUAUAAUCAUAACACCGACGAUAACGUUACCUUUAAUACACCACAGCGGGAGAAUAGCUUCAGUCAAAGACAUUCCAUUGGGUCUAGGAAACCCUCAAAUCAAUUUAGUAAAACGGUUCACACAGAGGAUGGUGGUAUAGCAUUAAGCUCCAGUACAACUACGAAUUCUGUUAAGAAAAAUUCAUUGGUAAGACAAGUAUCGUCAACCUCAUUAUCGAACUAUAAAAGGGGGUCGAGUUCUGGAAUUCCUGAUCUGCCGAAAAAACCUCCGAUACAGUGUUACAACUGUAAGACCAAUAAGACGCCGUUGUGGAGACGUGAUGCUCAAGGGAAUACGAUGUGUAAUGCUUGUGGCCUUUUUCAAAAAUUACACGGUACAAUGAGGCCCUUAUCCUUGAAAUCAGACGUUAUUAAGAAGAGAAAUACAAAGAAAAGAACUGAGAAGGAAAAACAAUCACAGGAGCAUGGUAAUCAAUCUAAUAAUACUAAUACUAAUAAUAAUAAUAAUAAUACUAAUAAUAAUAAUACAAAGAAUUCCAGGCAAUCUACGAGGAAAAAUGCAAGGGGUUCAAUCCAUGGCAAUAACGACAGUGGUGGUGUUGGUGGAUUUCCAGUAUUAACACAAUCUAUUACCGUACCUGUAACAAGUUUCGAAACGGGUGUAGCAGGGAGUCCAAUUGUGUCGUCUUUGGAAAAUAGAUCACAACAAUUGCAAGCAUCAUCUCAAGCAUCAUCUCAAGCUCAAUCUCAAUCUCAAUACGAAAGGCAGCAGAAUGUUACCACUGAAAGUUUGAACCCCUACAACUUAAUGGAUCAUAAUAAAAAAAUGGCUAGUUCCAACACUCAAUGUUCUCGUAAAUCGAGAAGAAGCAGUACGUCUUCCAAUAAUUCUAGUUCAAGUAAAUCUUUUUCCAGAUCUGUGGUACCGAUUUUGCCAAAACCUUCACCGGGGGCUCCGCAAUUUAACGUUAAUUACAAUGGGUCUAGUAGUGCUGGAAAUAGUGCUGCCUCGUCCCCACGAGUCUUUGCAGCUGGCUGUAAUCCUGAGAGCCCCAUGAACAGUUGUCAACAAACCGCUUCUUCGAAUUCCGCAAGUAAAACUGGAAUUUCAAUUCCAAGGCCCAAAUCAUCCCGUAAUUAUUCUUCUUCGUCUUCAUUUAUGGCUGCAUCUCUCCAUCAAUUACAACAACAGCAUCAGAAACAGGAACAACCACAACAACAUCAACAAUCUCCUAACGUUCAAAUGGGUAGUGGAGGCUUUUCCAUGCCAAAUAGUUGGAAUUCUGGUUCUCAAACUUCUAUUGGAUAUUCUCCCAACUCGACAAGAUCGCCUAAGGGUGGGUUUGAUUUUGUUGGUUCACCAGUGGAUUCUUCAGGUCCGGGAACUAGAACUGGUUCGAGGAAAUCACAUACUUCAUUGCUGUCUCAACAAUUACAAAACUCUGCUUUAUACAAUGAAGAAAUGGCUCAUCAACAAGGACAAUCAGAAGCUCACACUCCUAACGUUCCUCAGUCCAAUGGAAGCAGUAAUGUGGGAACACCUCAACCUGUGCCAUUGGGACGUAAUUCUGUUACUGCUUCUCCUCGUAAUAGUUAUGCAGACUCUUUACUGCAACAAAGAGGUAUGAAAGAUGAAUUAGGAUCAAGUUUUAGAAGGCAAAACUCGGUUUGGGCUCGUAAGAAUGUGUCCUUAAAAGAGCACGUAAUAUCUUCUAACGCGGAGGCUACAGUGUGUAGUAAUCCUAAUAUCUUAGCCGCUACCCCUACUGUAUCUACUACAGCCUCACCGGCAGCUUCUGGAGAAACAAGUACUGAGGCUCAUAAAAACAUUACUGAUGAGCUUGAUUGGCUCAAAUUUAAAAUGUGA